AUGGCGGCUGGUCCUUCAGUUCUCUUUCUUACCCUGAUUGCCCUGUCCCUUUCUCUCAUUCCACUGCCUGCAAUUGCAAAUGCUCGAGAGUUGAUCCGAGGAGGCUACUGGAUCGUCUCCAACUUCGAAUCCCCUGAAUCUCUCAACUCCACGUUCUACACUCACCUCAUUUGUGGUUACGCCACCAUCAAUUCGUCCACCCACCGCAUUUCAAUCGACCCUUCUGACGAGCAACACUUCGCCAAUUUCACGGCCAUCGUCCGGCAGCAGAACCCAUCCGUCACGACCCUUUACUCCAUUGGCGGCGGGGAUGCCAACGACACCGAUUUCUCAUCCAUGGUCACCAAUCCCACCCGCCGCGGUGCUUUCAUUCAGUCCACAAUACAAACAGCUAGAAGGCAUGGGUUUCAGGGGAUGGAUUUCUCCUGGUCCGGCCAAUCCGCCGACGAUUUCGCCGGCAUCAGCAAUCUGUUCAAAGAAUGGCGAGCCCAGGUCGAGGCCGAAGUGAAGACGGUCGGAGAAAAGAAGCUACUCUUGACGGCGGAGUUCGGGUACGCGCCGGAUCCGAACGUGAGGAAUUACCCGGUGGGUUCAAUCAGGAACAACUUGGAUUGGGUUCAUAUCAUGGUGCAGAAUCUGGAGCCGUCAAAAUUCAUGGAGCCCGAAUCUCCAUUGAACGACCCGGAGUUCUUGUCCAACACCGGAUCGGGCGUGGAGGCGUGGGUUACUGUGGGGAAAGUUCCGCGGGAGAAGCUGGUACUUAGCCUGCCGUUCUAUGGAUUCACCUGGAAGUUGGCGAAUCCCCGGGAGGGUUAUAUCGGUGCUCCGGUGACCGGGGAUGGCGAGCUCCUGACUUACCAUGAGAUCAAGGACAUCACAAAGGGCGCAGAGGUAGUCUACAAUUCUACCUACGCCGUGAAUCACUGCACAUUGAAUGGCUCUGUUUCGGUCAUCUUCGACGGCCCUGAAGCGAUUCGAGCCAAGGUUUCGUACACCACUGAGAUGAAUCUUGGUGGCUACUAUGUGUGGCAGAUCCCUUUCGAUGAUAACGGAGAGCUAGCUCAAGUUGCAGCUAAAGAACAAGGUGAGAAACAGAGGAGGAUGAAGAGGCGGCAAAGAGUGUUAGCAGGGGCAAUAUCUACAGCUGUUUUUCUCGUAAUAUUUCUGGCCUUAGGUGGAUUCUAUUGGAUUAGAAUCAGUGGGCUCAAAAGACCUAAGGGUUUGCUGGUAUUGGUAGGAUCAAUGAAGGAUAGAAGCAGAGCCUCCAAUCUGAGAGCAGAGGACAUAGAAGGAUCGGGCCAGUUCGGUGACAACAAUCUCAAAGUGUUUAGUUUGGAAGAAAUUAAGAAAGCCACAAUGGGAUUCUCCAUUCAGAACAAGCUCGGACAAGGUGGCUAUGGUCCUGUUUACAAGGGGGUUUUACUUGACGGACAAGAAAUAGCGGUGAAGAAGCUGUCGCAAACAUCCUCUCAGGGGCUCCAAGAAUUCAAGAACGAAGUGCAGCUAACCGGCAGACUCCAGCAUGUGAAUCUCGUCAGGGUUCUUGGAUUCUGCAUCGAAAAUGACGAACAGUUGCUGAUCUACGAGUACAUGCCCAACAACAGCCUCGACAGGUACCUCUACGAUCCUGCAAGGAAGAAUGUUCUUGAUUGGAGCAAGAGGGUGGAAAUCAUACAAGGGAUAACACAAGGGCUUGUGUAUCUCCAGGAAUACUCGAGACUCACCAUCAUCCACCGCGACUUGAAAGCCAGCAACAUCUUGCUCGACAGUGACUUCCGCCCCAAGAUAUCGGAUUUUGGGAUUGCCAAGGUCUUCUCCAAGAGUGGAGCAGAAGCAAACACCGUCAGGAUCGUUGGAACAAUUGGCUACACGUCGCCGGAAUAUCUCAAGCAAGGAGCUUACUCAGUCAAAUCCGAUGUUUAUAGCUUCGGGAUUCUGCUGCUACAGAUGAUCAGCGGCAAGAAGAAUGGGAUGAUUUAUGGCCCCAGUGGAGAUUUCAGCCUUCAGGAAUAUGCAUUUGAGUUGUGGCAGGACGGGCAAGGGAUGGAGAUGAUGGACGCGUGUCUCGACGAUUCAUCGUCUUCUUGCAAGCUACUCGCUUGCUUGAGAAUUGCAUUACUAUGUGUUCAGGAUGACCCUGUCGAUCGACCUUCCAUGCUAGAAGUUGCUUCAAUGCUCAGGAAUGAAACUGCUGUUGGGUUGAUCUUUCCAAAGAGACCAACCUUUUCAUUCAGACGACUACAACAACAGCAGCAGCAACAACACCAGGGAGUUAAUCCUGCAGCUGAGCCUGCAGUCCUGCAACCUGAAUUUUGUUCUGUAGCUGAUGCGACAUUUACAGAAAUAGUAGGUCGAUGA